GUCAAGCAGAAAAAGGAGCCGUGGUGUCCGUUUAUUCACCAGACAUAUUCACUUUCACUGUCAUUUUUCCUUUUUAGAGACUGUAAAUUUGUUUGUUUUUUAGUUCAGAACCAUGUAUAGGUAUCUGGGAGAGCUCGUGACACGCGCAGCCGCCAACAGCGCACUGGCCUCGGUGUGCGUAGACUCCGCUCUGCCCGCUUCUGCGACUCUCCUGCGGGUACGCCGCUACAGCGAAGCGGUGGGAGAGAAGGACGAUGACCCAAACUUCUUUAGGAUGGUCGAGGGUUUCUUUGAUCGCGGUGCGUCUAUUGUGGAGGACAAACUUGUGCACGAUUUGAAGACGAGAGAAACGCCCGAGCAGAAGAGGCACCGCGUCAGGGGGAUCCUCAAGAUCAUCAAGCCCUGUAACCACGUCCUGUCCGUGUCCUUCCCCAUCAAGAGAGACAACGGGGAAUGGGAAAUGAUCGAGGGCUACAGAGCUCAGCACAGCCAGCACAGGACCCCGUGUAAAGGAGGUAUCCGUUACAGCACAGAGGUCUCAGUGGAUGAGGUUAAAGCCCUCGCCUCACUAAUGACCUACAAAUGUGCAGUUGUAGAUGUGCCUUUUGGAGGAGCCAAAGCUGGUGUGAAAAUUAACCCCAAGAAUUACUCGGACACAGAAUUGGAGAAGAUCACAAGGAGGUUCACUAUCGAGUUGGCUAAAAAAGGCUUCAUUGGGCCUGGCAUUGACGUUCCUGCCCCGGACAUGAGCACAGGAGAGAGGGAAAUGUCCUGGAUUGCUGACACAUAUGCAAACACAAUGGGCCAUCAUGAUAUCAAUGCUCAUGCCUGUGUGACCGGUAAGCCCAUCAGCCAGGGUGGCAUCCACGGCCGCAUAUCUGCCACAGGUCGAGGUGUCUUCCAUGGCAUUGAAAACUUUGUGAAUGAGGCUGCUUACAUGAGCCAGCUGGGUCUGACCCCUGGGUUUGGAGACAAGACGUUUGUCAUUCAGGGCUUUGGUAAUGUGGGUCUGCACUCCAUGCGUUACCUACACCGCUACGGAGCGAAGUGUGUGGGUAUUGGAGAACUGGAUGGAAGCAUCUGGAAUCCCAAUGGCAUCGAUCCAAAAGAGCUGGAAGACUAUAAGCUGGCAAAUGGCACUAUUGUUGGCUACCCAGGGGCCACCGCGUAUGAAGGCAACAUUUUGGAAGCUGAGUGUGAUAUCCUGAUCCCUGCUGCAAGUGAAAAACAGCUCACAAAGAAAAACGCCAACAAUAUCAAGGCCAAGAUCAUCGCUGAAGGAGCAAACGGCCCAACUACUCCUGAAGCAGACAAGAUAUUCCUAGAGAGGAAUAUCAUGGUGAUCCCGGACAUGUACCUGAACGCUGGGGGUGUGACAGUCUCCUACUUCGAGUGGCUGAAGAAUCUUAAUCAUGUCAGUUAUGGCAGACUGACCUUCAAAUAUGAACGGGAUUCAAACUACCAUCUGCUAAUGUCUGUCCAGGAGAGUCUGGAGAGGAAAUUUGGGAAACAUGGUGGAGCCAUACCCAUUGUUCCCACUUCUGAUUUUCAAGAAAGGAUUUCUGGGGCUUCUGAAAAGGACAUUGUGCAUUCGGGAUUGGCUUACACGAUGGAACGAUCGGCCAGACAAAUCAUGCGCACAGCCAACCGGUAUAACCUUGGGCUGGAUCUGAGGACAGCAGCUUAUGUCAACGCCAUUGAGAAAGUCUUCAAAGUGUACCACGAGGCCGGCCUUACCUUCACAUAGACCGUUGUAUUAUUCACUCGACACGGUAUAUCAGCGUCUGCCUCAUCCACGCAGACCCGAGGUAUAUCACUUAAGCCCUCAGCUCCUCACGUUUACAUUUUAUACAUCCAAAUAUAAAUGUCAUAACAUUUAUGCAUGUAGUUACAUGUAAUCAUUUCUAGUUCAUCCUUUCAAAUACACAAGGCUUUUAGAAAAGAGUUAGUAAAAGCCAAGUCCACACUCUUUGAACAAAGCAGAAAAAAUCUAUGAUGUUGUGCUUUAUCUUAAUGCUGCUUUGUAAUGUUUUCUUUAAUGUUUCAUGUGUUUCUGAAGCUGUUACUGUGUAUAAAAACACACUAAAGCCUUAUAGCCUUAUACUUGCACACUGUUGUUUGAAGAUAUUCUAGUUGGUUUCUUUCUUCCUCGCUCUUUUUGCCACAGAUGUGGUCAAUUGGGAAAGGGCUGCAGGAUGAAUCUCAGGCGUUUUAUAUCUGUUACCAAAAAAUAUAGCACACGCAUUUCGAGUUUUGCUGCUUCUUGGGACAGAUUUCAGUGAUAACCAAAAGUAAUUUUUUUUUAAUUGUGGCCUUGACCUUAUUGGUUAUUUUUUUAAUUUCACAAUAAUAUGCAAUAAGGAAUGUGUUUGGAAAAAAAUGUUUAUUUUUUACUUCAUAUUAGGAUUUAAUAUGAAGCGUUAAAAAAAAUCUUUGUACGGCCUUUUAAAUUUUGUUUAAAAUAAAUAAAUAGUCAAUGAAAA